GAAGGUUAGAGGGCUUGGAAAGAAGGAAGCAACAGCAUGAAUCCCGAUGUGGCUGCUGCUUCAGAUGUACCCAACAUUAAGAUUAAGAUACCAGGAGAUGAUGAAAGCCAUGACCAAACUCCUCCUCCUGUUGCUGCUUCACAUGCCUCAUCAUCCGAUUCAGUGGAUGAAAUUACGAACUCUGUACAUGAUCUGUACUGGCAUGCACUCGAGGAUCAGUGGGAUAAAAUGCUACCCAUUGUUGAAAAUGAUCCAAAUUGUGUACGCAUUCAAUUGACUGGAUUAGGCGACACAGCUCUUCAUGUAGCAGCAAAUGCGGGGAGCACUCGUUUUGUUAAAGAGUUGGUUAAGCUUAUGAGGCCAGAAGAUGUGCUAAUACCAAACAAAGAGGGGAUGCUUCCAGUUCACUUAGCUGCUUUAUCUUUCCAUCACAGAAUAGUUCAACUUCUAUGCUCUGACCAUCUGCUUGACAAAAUGGCUUACGAGGAUAUUAAAAAACUCUUUUUUAUGACCAUUAGUAGCAACAUGUUUGGUAAGUGCAUCUAUAACUCAUUAAUUAAACACUCUUCUUUAUCCCUUUUUAAAGCUAAUUAUGUGGCCAUUAAACUAUUUGAAAAACAUCCAGUUGAAUUGACCUCUGCAAGAGAUGAAGAGCAGCUAACGUCAUUGCAUUUGCUGGCGCGAAAGCCUUAUAAAGUUCUACGUGAAUCAAGCGAGUCAGGGUCGAACGAAGAAGAAAUAGAAACAGAAGAAGAAAAAAGAGAGGAUAAGGAGAAAAAAUCUUCGAGCCAUAGUGACAGUAUUGACAAAACGGAGACAGCAUUCCUGGUUGCAGCAAGAACUAUGGUGAAUGAACUUUUAGAGCGAAUUUCAAGUGUGAUCCAUAACUUGAAUGCAAAGAAUUCCAAGUGUUAUAAGG